AUGAAGUUCUUAGAAUACACUUAUCUGAAUAGACUAAAUGAUUUCUUGACUCAUUUAAAUCUUGGAGACAGUACCAUUAAAUGAUGCCUUGAGGCUUACUCAUGCAAACACACUGGAACAUAUAAGAAAUUGUCUGUCAGCUUGGAGAAUGAGAUCCUUAAUUAUCUCGGGAAUUCAUCAGACACAAACUCUUCCUCACCAUCUGAUUCUUAUUGAGCCGAACUAAGUGGAAAUACAUUGAUCUACCUGGUGCUUAUACUCAAUCACAUGUAUCCAGAUUAUGACUUCAGUACAGUGAAAGCUCACUAAUUCUUCAUAGAGGAAAGCUUGGACAUUUUUAAACAAAUCGUUUAUACUUACAUGUUUGAAGCCUCAAAGACCAAUGGGAGCAGUUCUCUGCUGGAGGCCUUGUACAAGGGUUUGGAUGAGGUUGUAAAGUUAAUAGAAUGUGAAAUUUACAAUUACAAUCCAGACUCUGAUGCUGAUCCACUUUUGGAGAGGGGAGCCAUAUGGUCUUUCAAUUUCUUCUUCUACAUUAGGAAACUAAAACGGGUCAUGAGUUUUUGUUUGUGUUGUUUAAGUAAUUUGGUGACUGAUGAAUUUUAUAUGGUUGAAUUAUCUCAUGAAGAAGAUUCGGAGAUCUUUGAUGUUUUCAAUGACAUGGACAUGAGAGUACAAUAA